AUGGUAUAUAAGCUAAACUUUGAUGCAGCAAUUUUUUCAAGAAUGAAGAAAUCUGGUAUGCGAGCAAUAAUUCGAAAUGAGAGGGGCGAAGUUAUGGCUGGUAUGUCUGCUAUUGGGCCGAGGAUUGAAACAAGUGAGGAAGCUGAACUUUUGGCGUGUAGAAGAUCUCUUGAAUUUGUUGUGGAUGCUAGUUUCACUAGCAUAAUGAUUGAGGGAGAUAAUACCAACUUUAUGCAAGCUAUUUCUUCAAAUGUGACUAACUUUUCAUUCCUUGACCACGUGGUUGAUGAUAUUCGCCAUUUAAUGGCUAGUUUACAAUGGGUUAAAAUUAGUAAGAUUAGGAGGGGAGGUAAUAAGGUAGUGCAUGUUCUUGCACAACAUGCUAGAAAUUUAGAUUCUGAUUUGUAUUGGUUGGAGGAUUCUCCCCCACCUGCCUUGGAAGCCUUGUAUCAGGAUUUAUUAUUAUUAUGA